GCUUCACUCUCUUUUUCUCCUGCUUUUCGUCUGAUCAUCUUUGGCUCCGGGCCAAAGAUCCCAUCUCCUUUCUCCCCCCCGGGUGGAUGGGAGGCGGGAGGUCCGCAUCGGAACGGGCCCGCGGGGCCCGUCCGUUGGAGCCGCGGUCCCCAGAGGCUCCCUCCGGCCUCCCAUUAACUCUUGGUCUCAACUUUUCAUCCGGAGCGCGGCUCCGGCUCUCACCUCUCACCUCACACGUCUCCCAGGUCCCUGGGAGCUGAAAAGGGGGGGAAGCCGCUCGCGGGCCCGGUCCAGGUUGAGACCCGUGAUCAGGAGCGCACUGCACUGCUCCUGAUCUUCCUCUCUUCUAACUUCCCUCUCCGCUCUGAGUUUCUCUUGCAAGUAUCCUCCGGUGAGCCUGCCCAGAUCAGAACGAGACGCAUCCCGCCGCCCGACGUCUGGGAGGUCCACACGCUCAUCAGCCCCGACGGGAGCCCGCACGUCCGACGAAGUGGACCGGCCCCGCGCGCACCGAGACGACGUGACAGCCUCCGUGACCGGGAGGGGGAGCGCCGGCUGCUGCCACGCUGCACCACCAUUCCCUUUCGAUUUCAGAGUCGGAGGGAGAGGGGAGAUUGCUUGGACUGAGGCCUCCGACCGAAAGAACCCGGCAGGAACCCCUGAUCAGCACCCGGAGACCAGAGGAGGCUAAAACCUGCAGUUCACUCCGAACUGAAGGGGGAGGCAGAGAGCAGAAGAAGAAGAAGAGCUCCGCCGCUGAUUCCAGCAGCAGAAGAAGAAGAGCCAUUAGCCUGUUAGCACGUCGUUACAGUUUCAGCAAACUCAAAAGUGUGUUUCUCAGAUGAAAUGCCGAGAGUUGGAGCAGAGGCGGAGUUGCAGACUCUGACUGAGUGUCAUUACAAAAACCCAGCAGAGACUCUCCAGGACCUCCAGGCGGUCCGGUCUCUUUUUCCUGACCUUCGUCUCUACUUGGACUUCUAUUGUUUUCCAAACAAGGACAAGAAGAAGCUGGUUUUUCUGGCAGGAACACUUCCUGUCCACUAUGAAGGAAGUCAGUAUAACAUCCCAGUGUGCAUCUGGCUCCAUGAGACCCACCCAAUGUCCCGGCCCCGCUGCUAUGUCGUUCCAUCUGCCACCAUGGUGAUAAACCCAUCCUGUCCCUGUGUGGAUGUCUCUGGCAACAUUGUUCUGACGGAACUCCGAAACUGGACUCAUGGCAUGUCCAACCUGUCCCUGCUGGUGUCUGAGAUGAGACAGGCCUUCCAGAAAGAAACGCCCCUUUUCGCAAGGUAUCCUAUACAAGUCCUGCCCACUACAGCUAUGCAGAUGUCAACUGGAGGGGUUCCUUCUGCUGGAAGCAUCCGGACCCCCAUGAUUGGUUCCCUUUCCUCCCGGAGCCACCACCUCUCUUCCACCGCCUCCCAGCUCUCGGGACAGAAAGCCAACCUAUGGGAAACCAGGGUGAGAACAUCGUACACUGAGGAGCUGCUGGGAAUCGACUUUAGCGCUCCUCCUCCUUCAUCCAACAACCCCUUUCUGAACUCCUCCUCUUCCUCAGGUGAACCCCCCAGCAAGAUGAUGGGAGCUCUGACGAUAGAUGGAGACCAGGAGGGGGACUCACCUAUGCAGAGAGUCCGGUCAGAAGCAACCACAGAUGGACAUGGCAGUGUCAGUUCUGAAUCACAGCAGAACUUCUGUCCUCAGUCAGGACCAGCAUCUGGACCAGACCUCAGCAAGGUGGUGUCCUGCCUGCCCCCCGACCAGGCAGCACUCUUCCUGUCUCUCAUGAUGAUGCAAGGGCAGAGUUUCAACCAUGCUGAUGUGAUGGAGGCCGUCCAGCUUAACAGAGAUUUGACAUCAGCGCUGAGGUUCCUGACUCAUCGUUGCCCCAUCUGCCAUGACCAGGUUUCCUUCAGCAGGAUCGUCCCCAUGACUCACUGCUCAUGCUUCCUGUGUCAGAGCUGUUUCACUUCCUUCUUCUCUGUGGCCAUCAAAGAGCGCAGCGUGGACCAGCUGGUCUGUCCUCAGUGUGGACAGCCGGACAUCCAUGGUCUGGGGGGGCUGGGGGACGCCAUGGACUACUUUAACCUGCUAGACACCCAGAUCCGUCACUUCCUGCCUCCUCAGAUCCACGAACUCUUUCAGAGAAAACUCAGGGACCGAGCCCUGCUGGAGAUGCCCAACUUCUGCUGGUGUGCCCAUUGUUCAUUUGGGAUGCUACAUGAGGCAGACACUCUGAGGAUGGACUGUCCCAGCUGUAAGAAGAGCACCUGUUCUCAGUGCAGAUUACCUUGGUCUUCCCAGCAUCAAGGACUCUCCUGUGACCAGUUCAGGGUAUGGCAGGAGCAAAACCAGCCCGACCACCACAAGGCCACCUUGCUCUACAACAGCAUUGAGUGUCCCAGCUGCCAGUUCAUCUACAAUCUGUCCAGAGGGGGGUGUCUCCACUUCACCUGCAGUCACUGUGGACAUCAGUUCUGUGGUGGAUGUAAACAGCGCUUUGCUUUGGGCUCGUCCUGUAAUUUUUCUGGCGACUGUGGAAGCAAAGGCCUCCACGCUCACCACCCCAGAGACUGCCUGUACCACCUGAGAGACUGGAGUGUGAGCCGUCUACAUUUGCUGUUGCAGUAUUACAGAGUGUCUCCUUCCUUGGUGAAACCUCCCAGCAGCAGCCCACCUGACAUCAGUCAGACAGCAGCGUGUUCAGUGAUGGAGCUCAGAGAUGACGGUGGCAUGUGGGACGAGCCAUGUGGACAACCUACACAUCCUGAAUACAGAGGAUACUGCCAGAUGCAUUAUAAGGAGCAUUUGGUGGAACUGAUCAACCGUUGCCGUGGCGACCCUGCAGUCCUCUACACUCAGGCAGAGAUGGCAGCAGAGCUCCAGCGCUGGCAUGUUGACGUACCAUCCAGGAAAACUGAUGAGCCGGAGCCGCUAUACGUGCAUCGCCUAUGUCUGACUCUGACCAGCAGCAUUCCUCUUAGGAGGCAGCGACACUCUCCCAUCAAACUUACAGAUGGACGAUGAACUCUGCUGAGCCAUGCCCCGACCACAGCUCCUGCGCCAUGGAAUUUUCCCACUGUCAAAAUACCAGCCAUUCUGAUAACAGCACACUGUCAGCAUAGCAAUUGUAAGCAGGAUGUCUGACUGCACUGACCCCACCCAGCUGCUUAGACAUCACACGGCGACACAUGUCAGAUCAUUAUGGCACUUUUCUCUAGUACCUACUGGGCUCUACUCAUUUCAGCUCGGCUCCACUCAACUCUGCCUGGUUUCUUUUCCAUAACAAUUCAGCACCUGGAGCAGAAGUAGGAGGUUGGAGUGAAGCUGCUGUGGCGUAUUUGAUUGUGUGAUAUAAAUGAAGAAGACAACAACAAUAAAGAUGUAGAACCUGGAGGAGAUGAUAGAUGUGCUGCUGGGUCUGUGGCUUGUGUUUGAUAUCAAGUUAAAAAAUGAGAGAGAGAGAAGCUUCAAGCGGCAACACAAAGUCAGCUGGAGCCGCGAGCAGCUAUGAAGUGACAGAGCUCCUGGUGGAUCUGGUCGUUCCUUAUCGCCCGUCUAGAUCCCUUUUAAUUCUCUCCUCAACAACCAGGUUUAUGAACAUCUGCAUCUCACCAAACAGACUUUUGCACUGCCAUUGCUGGUCGAAUAAAAUGAACAAGAAGCCGCGAGUCGCUCUUCUGCUGAUUUCUGCCUCCUGACUCAGACGUCUGACUCCAACCCCCGACCAAUCGGUGGCCUGUAAUGUGAUGAUGUCAGAUGCAGCCGACUCGGCCGCUUAGAACCUCGGCAGAAUAGUUACAGAAAAAGUAUCAACUCGGCACGUUAGACCCCUAGUGGAAAAGCAGAGGUGAGGCGAGUCGAGUCGGCCUGAGUAGGUACUAGUGGAAAAGCGCUGUUCCAACUGGCACCUGUUGUCAUUGAAAAUAUGCAACUAAUGACAAACAACCAAAGGAAUAAGUCAAGCAUGCAGCCAACUGGUCACCUUAACAAACACCUUGACAGGUAACAAAUAACAAGCCUCCUCAGCCACUGGGUCCGUGGAUAAUGCCUGGGCAUAAGCAGCUGUUGGCUUGUCUUUGCAUGUUGCAAAUUUGAAUAUCCUUUAGCAUGUUUAGAAAGGGUUUGCAUCUGAUAAUAUGUAAGCAGAUUUUACCACGUUUUUGCAGGUGUUGGCAUCUGUUAACAAUUCAAUUUUAUUUGUAUAGCGUCUAAUACAACAGAUGUUGUCUCUAGACGCUUUCCAGAGACCGAGAACAUAAACCCCCGAGCAAUUAUUACAUAAACAAUGGCAGGUAAAAACUCCCCUAGUGGGAGAAAAACCUUAAGCCAAACAGUGGCAAGAAAAACUCCCCUUUAGGAGGGAAGAAACCUUGAGCAGGACCAGGCUCAUAAGGGGGACCCUCCUGCC